GAGAGAGAGAGAGAGAGAGAGAGAGAGGACGACUGCUGCGUCCGAACACAGCGACUUCCCCGGCAUCAGUACCCGGAGUACCGAGGGUUGGAAACUUCUCUCCACCGGAAAGAAAGACAAGGAGAAAGUCCCCCGCGGGAUUGUUGAGCUGUGUGAUCAGCCCCAUCUGUGAACGUAAUCUCUCAUCAACUCGAAUUUACAGCUGGGCUGCUACUGUCAGACGGGUUUGAGGACAAUCAACUGCAACUGCUGCUGCUGCUGCUGUGUUUUGUGUGGUGUGGACUUUCUCACGUUGCGGUGGACACACACAAACACACACACACACACACAUACAGGAGCUUGCAUGCCUGGUACUCCCCCCACCUCUGUCUCUCUCACACACACACACACACACACACACACACACACACACACACACACACACACACACACACACACACACUCUCUCUCUCUCUCUCUCUCCCAAUCUCUCUCUCCCGCUGUGGCACAUACACACACACACACACACACACACUCUGGGAGGGAGAGGCAGUGUGUGAGUGGCGGAUCCUGUGGUGAGGAGUGUACUGAAGAGAGGAGAAGAGAGGAGUGGAGCAGCAGACUCUACCAUGCCAGUGCAGGGAGAAAGGCUGAAGCGCUGUCUGUCUCUCUGUCUCUGGAGCUGGAGUCCUCUGCUGCUGCUUGGACUGUUCUCGCUUCACGCACAAGCACACGGCAACAUAUUGGACAGUAUGCUGCUGAGAGCAUCCAGUAAGGAGGCGGUGGAGAGUGGGAAGGAGACGAGUGGCAGCACGGCCCCGGCUCUGUCCUCCCAAAGACUCCUGUGGUGUCACUGCUAUCACCACUGCCCGGAAGAUUCAACCAACAACACGUGCAGGACUGAUGGCUACUGUUUUACCAUGGUGGAGGAGGAGGGAGGUGUGCCGGUCCAGACUGCGGGUUGCCUCGGGCUGGUCGGGUCCGAGUUUCAGUGCAGGGAGUCAGGGAACUCUCGUCAAAGGAGAUCGCUGGAGUGCUGCACAGACCAAGAUUACUGCAACAGAGACCUGCACCCUACACUGCCGCCGCUCAAGCCUCCUCUGUAUGUCGAUGGAAAGAUCCACCACAUGGCGUUGUUGAUCUCCGUCACUGUUUGCAGCAUCAUAUUGGGUGGCAUCAUUUUCUUCUGCUACUUCAGGUAUAAGCGUCAGGAGUCUCGUCCUCGGUACAGUAUCGGUCUGGAGCAGGAUGAGACCUACAUUCCCCCUGGAGAAUCUCUGAAGGACCUGAUAGAGCAGUCUCAGAGCUCUGGCUCGGGCUCUGGCCUCCCUCUAUUGGUCCAGAGAACAAUAGCCAAGCAGAUUCAGAUGGUGAAGCAGAUCGGCAAGGGGAGGUAUGGAGAGGUGUGGAUGGGCAGGUGGAGGGGAGAAAAGGUGGCUGUUAAAGUUUUUUUCACCACUGAAGAGGCCAGUUGGUUCAGAGAGACUGAAAUCUACCAGACCGUCCUAAUGAGGCAUGAGAACAUACUGGGUUUCAUAGCUGCAGAUAUUAAAGGAACUGGCUCCUGGACUCAGCUCUACCUGAUCACAGACUACCAUGAAAAUGGCUCCUUGUACGACUACCUCAAGUCAACCACUCUAGACAAUAAAGCCAUGCUGCGACUGGCCUACUCCUCUGUAUCAGGACUGUGUCACCUCCACACGGAGAUCUUUGGCACCCAGGGGAAACCUGCCAUUGCUCACAGGGAUCUGAAGAGUAAGAACAUACUGGUGAAAAGAAAUGGGACCUGCUGUAUAGCUGACCUGGGACUGGCGGUCAAGUUCAUCAGUGACACUAAUGAGGUAGACAUCCCUCCGAACACGAGAGUCGGUACAAAGCGCUACAUGCCUCCAGAGGUUCUGGAUGAGACUUUGAACAGAAGUCAUUUCCAGUCGUACAUCAUGGCCGACAUGUACAGCUUUGGGCUCAUUCUCUGGGAGAUCGCUCGGCGUUGUGUCUCAGGAGGGAUACUUGAGGAGUACCAGUUGCCGUACCACGAGUCAGUUCCCACUGACCCUUCAUAUGAAGACAUGAGAGAGGUGGUCUGCAUCAAGAGACUACGACCAUCCUUUCCUAAUCGAUGGACCAGCGAUGAGUGUUUGAGACAGAUGGGGAAGCUGAUGACAGAAAGCUGGGCCCACAACCCAGCCUCCCGCCUCACAGCCCUGCGGGUCAAAAAGACGCUUGCCAAGAUGUCAGAGUCACAGGAUAUCAAGCUGUGAGCAGCCACUGCCAGGUGUGUGUGUUUACACAGAUAGAAAGGGCACUAACAAACACACUGGCACUGGUUCAGGUCGCACAAACCUUUUUUUUCUGGGGAAACGGAGGUGGGACAGGAAGCAAGAAGGUCACUUUGGAGAUCACAGGAUCACAAACUUUGAGUCCAGAUGCCCAGAACUCUGCAACCCCAAGUCCCCUUUGAAAAAGAAAAAAAAAAAAUCCAGGACUAUGGUGGUUUACUGAGACUUAAAAGAAUAAACAACCAGGUCUCGUAUGGCCCUGUUUUUUCCAUAUGAGAAGACGAGGCAAUCUAAUUUCAGACUAGUGCGAGGACUCUUAAACCAGAUAUAUAGUUUCCUGUUCACAUGCUCCAAAGGAGAAAAAGAGUUUGACUUGGCACUGUAGCUGCAGAUAUAGGCAAACAGGCUACUGACCAGUGAGUGGAAUAUUAUAUCACUGCUUUCCGUGAAAGCUUCCCUACCUGUAGAUGAAGGUCUGAUUGACAGAACUGAAGGGAUGUAAUAAAAGGCAACCUGUUACUGCAGCAUCACACCUUUCAAAUUACUCACCCCACUACUGGCUUUAUUUUGUAAUUGGAUUAAAGCCAUCAUUUGUCACCCUCAAAUUGACUGCUUGUUUUUAAAAAAGACUGACACAAUGUGACAGUGAAAAAAAGAAGAUGUUUUGAGGCUUUUUAAAAGUUUUGUUAUCGCUGAUAACGUUUGUAGACACUGAAGAAAAGUUACACCUGUAUUUUUGAGUUGUGACAGGCUAUGAAAGUUGCAAAAGUGUAUUUUCCAUGUAAAAAUCAAACUCUUUCUGUGGAAAAAUAAAAUAAAAUGUAUAUGUCCAAAUAAAUUCUGGAUUGAGGCUCGGCAGGCCUCUGUGUUUCCAUGUCUUCAAAUAGAACAUAACAGUAAAGUAAGUAUUUGUGGUUGAUAGAAGCAGAACAGUGCCCUCUGUAGGCGCUCCACAGCAAUUACAGGAAGGGACGUCUAAAAAAUAUUUUACACUAACUGUAGUGGUGACUUCUUGCUUGAUGAUGUUGUGAUCUAUUUUAAAUGUGUGGAAUUGUGACUGUGUUAGUUUAGGAGUACCACAGUUCAUUUAUCAUGAAGGAUCGCUAUCGUUCAGUCGUUUCAAUCUCAUAAAGGCUGAUGAUACAUUUGUGUAUUUUAGGCAGCUCGACCUGACUGGUCCUUGAAAACACACACACACACACACACACACACACACACACACACACACACACACACACACACACACAGCCAUCCCAAAACCACCACACCAUCAGAAUUAAGCUUUGGACAUCACCAGGUUCACCUCAUUCAUGUGAAUUAAAGCACAUGUCAAAAUGAUUCACCAUAACAAACCAUUUGCAGCCGUAAACCUAAAAUCAAUUGGUACUUGACUCAUUUACGAAAUCCAUCACCUCGCGAGUUUUCAAAUCCGCAGUCAGGUAUCCUGAAGCAUAACCAGCCUUACUGCCUCAAUAGAAAGUGGUUUUCCAGGUAAAUCUGGACCUUUUUCAUCAUCAGUUAGUGGACUGUUUUCCACAUGGGUCGGUCCGUUUUUGUGAUAGUGGUCAAAUUGUAAAAUCCUUCCCUCAGAGGUCAAUGGGUUUUUGUCUUGGUCUCCAUUGACUGAAAUGAUGGGGUGCUAGUCGCCCUUUGGAGGUUUGUGUGUGACAAAUUUGUUGUGAUAUAAAUGCCCUUUCUUUCCUCUUGGGUGUUGUGCCUUAUUUAAUCUGUACCUUCUGUAGUUGUCUGUGAGAGAAAGUGGUGUUUUUAUUCAGUAAAACGGUUGAACAUUCCCACAAUAAAGUGUUUCACUCAUC